AAUAAAUAAAUAAAUAAAGCUUGUGGGAGUGAAACCAACGCCUGGCUCGGAGCAGCAGCCGCUGAGGUGUCCCUGGCCAGUGUCCUUCCACCUGUCCACAAGCAUGGGGAACAUCUUCGCCAACCUCUUCAAGGGCCUUUUUGGCAAAAAGGAAAUGUGCAUCCUCAUGGUGGGCCUGGAUGCUGCGGGGAAGACCACGAUCCUGUGCAAGCUAAAGCUGGGUGAGAUCGUGACCACCAUUCCCACCAUAGGCUUCAAUGUGGAAACCGUGGCGUACAAGAACAUCAGCCUCACUGCAUGGGACAUGGGUGGCCAGGACAAGAUCCAGCCUCUGUGGCGCCACUACUUCCAGAACACACAAGGCCUGAUCUUCGUGGUGGACAGCAAUGAUAGAGAGCGCGUGAACGAGGCCUGUGAGGAGCUCAUGAGGAUGCUGGCUGAGGAUGAGCUGCGGGAUGCUGUCCUCCUGGUGUUCGCCAAUAAGCAGGACCUGCCCAACGCCAUGAAUGCGGCCGAGAUCACAGACAAGCUGGGGCUGCACUCCCUAUGCCACAGGAACUGGCACAUUCAGGCCACCUGCGCCACCAGCGGUGACGGGCUGUAUGAAGGACUGGACUGGCUGUCCAAUCAGCUCCGGAACCAGAAGUGAACGCGACCCCCUCCCUCUCACUCCUCUCACCCUCUGCUUUACUCUCAUGUGGCAAACGUGCGGCUCGUGGUGUGAGUGCCAGAAGCUGCCUCCGUGGUUUGGUCACCGUGUGCAUCGCACCGUGCUGUAAAUGUGGCGGACGCAGCCUGCCGCCAGGCUUUUUAUUUAAUGUAAAUAGUUUUUGUUUCCAAUGAGGCAGUUUCUGGUACUCCUAUGUGAUAUUACUCAGCUUUUUUUAUUGUAAAAA